AGUAGUGGUAUUAUUACUUAAGUUGUGUAGGUGGUGUUACUCCUCUUAUAAUGGUGGUGGUGGUGUUAUCUUGUGGUGAUGAGGGUCGUGAUGGUGAUGGUGGUGGGGGGUGGGGAGUUUCUUAGUAGUGGUGUUAUUACUUAGUGUUUGGUUAGGUGGUGUUACUCCUCUUACAAUGGUGGUAGUGGUGAUGAGGGUCGUGAUGGUGAUGGUGGUGGGGGUUGGGGAGUUUCUUAGUAGUGGUGUUAUUACUUAGUGUUUGUUUAGGUGGUGUUACUCCUCUUACAAUGGUGGUAGUGGUGAUGAGGGUCGUGGAGGUGGUGAGGCGGUUAUGCUUGGAAGGAACACCCGCGGAAGGCCGAGAGACCGUUCGUAGCCACUCGACUGUAGUGGCCGCAUUACGCAAGCUAGGAUCUCCUCCCUCCCUCCCUCACUCACAGUCUUCAUCCCUCCCCCUUUCUCAUUUUCUCAUCCGUCUUUCUCUUCCUCCCUCAGUCUGUCCCGUCUUUCAUCCUUACUCUCUCCUCAUCUAUCCUUCUCUCCCUUACUCUCCUCAUCCCUUCUUCUUUCUCUCAUUCAUCCUUGUCCUUCAGCAUACACUUCUUCCCCUUCCCCUUCUCUCUCCCUCCCUCACUCUCCUCCUCCAUCCUAUUUUCCCUCUUAUCCGUCCUUCCCUUCCUCCCUCGUUUUGUACCCUUCUGUCCCUUCUUUCAUCCUUAUACCAUUUUAUUCCUCCCUCAUUCUCUCAUCCAUUCUUCAUCCUUCUUUCCCUCUGUGCACCCUUCUCUUUUUCAUCCAUACUUUCUCUCUUCGUCCCUCACUUUCUCUGUCCAUCCCUCCCUUAUGUUCCCUCUUUCAUCCUUCACUUUCGUCAUUCUUCUCUCCCCUCUUCCCUCUCACCCAUCCUUUCCUCCAUUUCCUUCCCAUCAUCUUCCCCUCCUUCUUUGUCUCUUAUCAGUUUGGGGUCCCUGCAUGUCUAUCUCCUUCCUUCCCUCCUUCCUUCCCUCCCUCUCUUUACAUCCUUUCUUCCUCUCUCCUCACCGUCCAUCCUUCCUUCCUUUUAUCCACUUCUGCCUUACUCUGCUUCCUUCCUUCCUUUCUCUCUCCCCAGUCCGUCCUUCCUUCCUUCCUGCCUUCCGGAGCCUCGUGUCGCCCCGUGUUUUGUCCUUGCGCUGGAGGAGGAGGAGGAGGAGGAGGUGAGGUGAGGUUGGGGUGAGGGCCUCGAGGCAGGAGUCUCAGGUAUCCACCACCACAAGUGCCUCCUCCUCCUCCUCCUCUUUCCCCUCCUCCAUCUCCCUCCUUUCCCUUCCGUGACGUAAAUACCAACUCCCCAUCGCCUCCUCCUCCUCCUCCUCCACCUUCUGCUCUUUCGCCAGGGCUGCCAGGGCCAAGGACGUCGUCGAAGGAAACUACACACACACACACACACACACACACACACACACACACAUACACACAUACCCACACCUAUCCCUGUCCGCCCUCGCCGCCGCGCCCUCCCCUCGCCACCUCUUGACUUCUCCCUUCUUUGUGUGAGUGAGGCAGGUCCCCAGGUCUCCGCUUCCUCCCUCUUUCCCUCCUUUCUUCCUUCGUCUCUUCCGUUUUCCUUCCCUUCCUCCAAAAUGUACCUCCUUCCAUUCUCCCUUCUUUCUCCAUCUAUCGUCAUUAUGUCUACUGUCGAGUGACCUCCUCCUCUUCUUCCUCCUCCUGCUGCUGCUGCUGCUGCUGCUGCUGCUGCUGCUGCUGCUUAAUCACUCUGGCAGGCUUUUUGCAGGCUGUUUCUCCAUGUUUCCGUGCUUCCUUCUGCUGUCCUCUUCCGCCCCAGCAGGUGUAUCACCACUUUUUGGCCUACUACUACUACUACUACUGCUGCUGCUGCUGCUGCUGCUACUACUACUACUACUACUACUACUACUACUACUACUACUACUACUACUACUACUACUACUAUUGUUACUGUUGCUGCUUUAGUACAGAACAAACAUACAGGCCACUGCUCUCUCUCUCUCUCUCUCUCUCUCUCUCUCUCUCUCUCUCUCUCUCUCUCUCUCUCCCUCUCUCUCUCUCUCUCUCUCUCUCUCUCCCGCCCCCCCAAACCCUCUCCUUUAAGCCCCGGCACCCACACGAGGCGUCCAUACUCGCCUAGUUAGAACCCCCGAACUUUAACUUCGAGAAAGCGGCUGAACGUACCGGCGGAUAGAGAGAGAGAGAGAGAGAGAGAGAGAGAGAGAGAGAGAGAAAGAGAGAGAGAGCACCACUACAUCAGGUCUCCCCCUCCUCCUCCUCCUCCUCUCGGCAAGGGCAGGAACCUCUAUGGUCUGGUGGAGAUAAUUCACGAGAGAGAGGGGGGGGGGGGGGGGAUAAGGUCCUGGACAGGUUUCCGGUGAGCCAGGCGGAGGGUCAAGUGUUGUUGGGGCAGGAGGGCCAG